AGCAGACGGCUGUCACUCUCAAGGUUAUUAUUUUCUGGAAUGUGACACUGUGGAGUCUUGCAGACCAUCAGUGAUGUUUUGGCAGAACAUUCUGCCUCAUCUUCAUACCCUGAAGAUGGUGGCAGAACACUUUUCCAAAAUAUUGGUAAGAAGACAACCAUCUUCACAGGUUCUGCUAUGAAAGCCUCAGAUCUCACAGAAAAUAUGGAGGGAGAGAAAUUAUCAGCAGAUGAGAUAACAUGGCAGCAAGACUGGAAGUAAGAUAUUUGUGCUAAGUUGAACUUGUAGUGCUGUGUAACAUGCAUAUUUAUAAGUAGAAUUUCUGUGUCUUAUGACAAAUUAAUUUGGCCAUCUGAUGCGAUAGCACCUAUAAACAUAUAUCAAGAUAAACAAUUUGCCAAAUUAAGGUGUUCACUUAUAGUGUUGAUAAUUGUGUCUGAAAAUAAUUCAUAGUCUUUUUAUUCAUCUGACUCUUCAUUUAAUGAUUACAUGUGUUUAGAGGUGCAACAGUAUCUUGAACUAUUUGCAUCUACAUUAAUGGGACUUAGAAAAUAAUGCUAGAUCACAGUAUAAGCAACAGUAUGAAUGGUUAUUAAAUCAGUGAAUUAAAAAUUAUUUUAUUUCAUGGAUUUUGCUAAAUUUUGUUACAGUGAAUGAAACUCUUGAAUGACCUCCAUUUAGUGUUCGUUAGUUUAAUGUUCAGUUUUAAACAACCUAAUUCAGUAAUCUUUAGUGUUAAAUUUCCCCCAUUUAACAUUUUCCACAGUUCACUGUUCUAAUCCAGUGCUCCCUAAAGAAAUCUUGAAUGCUGGUUUUGCUGUAUUUUAAUUUUAACAUCAGUAAUCAUUUUAAGUGUUAGCAUGCAUGAAGUGAACUGAACGAGGAACUUUGUCUAUCCACUGGAAUAAUUCUAGUUGAUUUAGAAUGGAAUGUACACCAUUAGGUAUAAUGUGUCAAGAGGUUUCAUGUUGAAUAUAGGACUGUACAACACUUUAAUGGUACAUUCUGUGUAUUGUAACAUAUGAAACAAGUGACCAUGAAAGGUUAUAAGGUUUCAGAUGCAAAACGUAAUCGUACAGUAGGUGUUGCCUGUCAGACUUUGGAUGAACUAAGAGUGAAGGGAAGUUGCAAGUUAAAUAUUGAAAAGAAUGUCCAAAUACAGAUGCUGGAUGGAACUUAUGUAGAUGAUGAGGAUUAUUUUCAGACUUUGCCCUCACAGACUGUGUUCCUUCUUCUUAAACCUGGUGAAAGUGCUUACACUGGAGCUGAUAUUUUGUACAAUGCACUUCAGGCUGUGAACUUGGACUUUCUCAGAGCUGGCAAUGAAGUUCAGAAAUUCUUCACUCAAAAUGUGAAAGAAAAGGUUCAGAACCUUGCAAAGUUAGUUAACAGAUCUUCUCAGAUACAAAAUGUGACACUGAGCAGGAAAUUAGAUGAUCCAGCCUGGUUUGAAGGCAUAGAGUCGAGAGCAUCCACCAAAGAAGAAUUCAUGGCUAGGCGUUCACAAGAAAGGAUACGAGGUUACAUGUACAAAACUCAAGAUGAUGUUAAGAAGUCUGAAACCUACAGGAAUGAUAAGAUGUGUCAGAAGAAACUGACAGAGGCUUUUCAGAAAAUGAACCUCCAACUGAAGGCUCACAAAUAUUUUAAUGGGUAUUUUGAUCGCAGCGCCAUGUCAGACAGACUGUGUGAUGAUGUGGGUGGUUUUCAGUGCAGAGGCCGCUGGGAUUUGCCUCAUUGUAAAUAUAAAGGGGCUAAUCAGCACAUGAUUAAUCCAUAUGAAAGCAGAGAAGCCAGAAUUGUGUUCUCAACAUGGAAUUUUGAUCAUGUAGUGGAGAGGUCACGGAGCAUUGUGCCUGCUUUGUUGGAAGCAGCAAAGCUGGCUUCAAAUAACAGCUGUGCCAUCAAUGCCAUUUACUUUUAUAGACUUCUGUUUACAACUGAUAACUUAAAGUUGGUACACAUCAUUUGUCAUGAUAAAGGUACGCACAGUGUACAGUGCAAUUCUCGUGAGUUCACUCUCACUGCACGUAAAGUUGACAGUUGUUCGACUGGUGAAGAAAUUCCCAAGUGUUUUACGGAACCCCAAGUGUCAGUAAUGUUAUAAAGAAGCACGCUUUUUCUUGCCAUCUGUGCCUUGAUCUUGUUGUCUGUUUUGCAGAGUAUUUUUUUCGACUAAAGCUUUAACAUUGCAGGCUGUUCCGAAUAUAAUAAGGAAAGUAAAUGUUCUGCAUAUGUUAUUGCAGUGUGGCAAAGGUGAUCAUUUCAUAUUUAUCUUCGUUUCUUAAAUAUGAUGAAUUUAAUGGCAAAAAAAUCAUUAUUUACAUGUAUUUGUAACAUAUAAAAUGAAUUUACUUCAUAAUUAUAGAUCUACAAAAAUUAUAUAUGAAUAAAUUUGCAGAUUUUAUUAGUCUCACUGGUAGUCACAGUGUAGUAGGUAGUAUGUUAUGCAGAUGUCAUAUUUUCAGAGUUCCUAAUUUCUGUGAUUCCAGCAUAAUUCCAUGAAGUACAAGAAUGCAUGUAUGGGUUUACUGUGGCAGUCAGCUACUGAAGGAACAGGUCAUUUCUUUAAACUUAAUAAAGAACAAGAAGUUCUUAUAACAUCACGGCACAGACUAUGCAGAAACACCCCAUUUCCAACAGUAACUAUUGUUGCGUGCAUAUUCAUUGCCAUGGGAACAUGUUUUCCGAGCCAUUUCCUGGAAACACUUGUUAACAGAGUCACCUCUUAGCAGUGGGUUUAUAUGACACAAUAGUAAACGAUGCCUCAAACAUUUCUUUGUUGCCUUGCUUGCCAAGCCACUGCCCAGCCAUGAUAGGGUGAGACAGACAGCCCCACAGACACUUCUGAUACAACACAGACCAUAUGGAAAAUGACGUCUCUAACAGUUCUAUUGUUGUGUAUAUUCAUUGCCAUGGGAACAUGUCUGCUGAGCUGUUUCCUACCAGCGAUACAAACACAGACUGGUAAAGAGAGCUUUAUGAAGUAUGCUUUUGGAUGUGCUCAGGUACCAUGAUAUACAUACCAAGUUUCAUAAAGAUUGGUUCAGGCCUUCAGAAGUUGAUGGGGGGUGGGAUACCCAGACAGCAAGGUGAUCCCAUAAUUUUCAUUUCAUGCAUCCUGUUAUGUUAUUAUGUACAAUUCAUUAUUGGAGUGUGUCGUAACACAACAAAAUAAUGGUCAAUGUUAACAUUACCUUAGCUACAUGUUUCAGCUUUUAAAGCCAUAUUUGCUCAACCCCUCGUUGGUGUC